GGGGCAGCAGCAGCAGCACUCUCAUCAGCAGCAGCCGAGAAAACCUCAGAAGGAGAAACUCCACCAAAACAAAGCGGUCAACUAGAAACAUUUUACUGCCUUUUUUCGUUUAACGCCUUUGAACACGCAAAGGAACGUUUUUCUGACACGGUGGAGGUUUUAGGGCAGUUCUGUCUUCGUUUUUGUUUAUUCUCCUUACGCCGUUUCACUCAUGGAGAGCUCUGCAGAAGUUCCUCCUCAGCGCUCUGACACAGACGGUGGCUGCUCUAAAAGGCGCUGCUGGGCCGGGUUCUGGAUCCUCGGAUUGUGCAACAAUUUAGGCUAUGUGGUCAUGCUGAGUGCAGCUCUGGAUAUCCUCUCUAAACAAGAGACAAGAAACGUCACCGACUCUGCAUCUAAUUCAGGCGCACCGGCUGAGGACGUUCAAGCUGGAAACCACAGUAACAGCAGCAUCUAUGACUGCAGUCCUAUAACCACCGGGGCUGUGCUGUUAGCUGACAUCCUCCCAACCCUCUUCAUCAAACUUCUUGCUCCACUUGUGAUCCACAAACUGCCUUAUGGUUUCCGAGUCUUGUUCUGUGUCAUCAUGGCACUAACAAGCUUCCUGCUUGUGUCCUUCUCCUCAGCUGUGUGGAUAAGUAUCUUUGGAGUGGUGUUUGCCAGUUUGAGCGCUGGACUAGGAGAAUUGUCCUUUCUCUCUCUCAGUGUCUUCUUCAGCAGGAAAGUACUCCAAGGCUGGGGCUCAGGCACUGGUGCAGCUGGUCUUGUUGGUGCUUUAUUCUACUCAGGCCUCAUCCAAGUUGGCCUUUCACCUCAGGUCACACUUCUCAUCAUGCUCUUGUUUCCAGUUGCUAUGCUGCUUAGCUAUUUCGGGCUACUGGUUUAUCCACCUUCAUUUCCUCAGUGGAGGCAGGUGGAGACUGAAUAUGCACCUGUGGACUCAGAGGACAGGCAGUGGCUCAUGGAUGAGUCAGAAGAUGAGCAGGAGGUCUCAACACCAGAGCAGAGAACCAUGGGACCCCUUACCUGGAAGGAGAAGUGUUACGUCAUCAAGGGCUUGUGGAAGUUUGUGUGGCCUCUGGCAGUCGUCUACUUUGCAGAGUACUUCAUCAACCAAGGUUUGAUGGAGCUCCUGUUCUUUCACAACAUAGUUCUGUCCCAUGCAGACCAGUACCGCUGGUACCAGACGCUGUACCAGUUGGGUGUGCUCGUGUCUCGAUCCUCCCUGUGCUGCUUUCAGAUCAGGAAGCUGUGGGGUUUCUCUUUGCUGCAGUGUGUGAAUGCGGUUUUCCUCCUGUUCGCUGUUCGGUUCCAGUUCCUGCCCUCUGUCUGGCUCGUGUUUUGUAUUAUUUUCUUUGAGGGUCUGCUGGGUGGAGCUGCAUAUGUCAACACCUUCCACUUCAUCAGUGAGGAGAAUGAAGACCGAUACAGAGAGUUCGCCAUGGCAACAGCCAGUGUGGGAGACAGUCUGGGCAUCGCUUUGGCCGGAAUUGCUGCUUUUCCUGUCCACAAUUACUUCUGUUCUCUAUGAUCUAACCCACACUCGGAUCAGCAGAACGAAUGAGCAAGAUGUGGCUGUGUCUCAGCUCAGAAGUGACUUAUUUAAUCUGAAGAAAACUGAUUUACUUCUGCAUCAUCACUGAUGGCUUCCAUGAGAAAAGGCUAUAGCUGAUGAGCUCCUGUGCUUCGUUCCUAAACGUUUAGGUUCAGGAACUGGUCUAAAGGGGUGUGCAUUUAGUUCUAAUAGAUUUAUCUUUGUAAAGUUUUUCUACUUUUUUAGAUUUGUACAUUUUUAACACCUUCACAUAAACGUGUUGCCCUCUGACACGGUAUCAUCGCACCAAAACGUCCAAUCUGAGGGCUUUUGAACAUUUUAACCUUUUUGUGUUCUCAUAUUGAACAUUUUGUGUGUUGUAGCGCUGACCAGUUUCACAGGAACACCAGUGAUGUGUGAGGAAAUGCACACAUGACCUGCUGUAGAUAGGUUAUCUGAUGCAAACCAAGAGCCAUUACGUCUGUCAUGUUCCAACACCGUUUGACUUGAUGCAUCUUCAGACUGAAACUUUUAACUUUGCCCUGGAUUUGAGUUUUAGGUGCUUUCCUAUUUUUAAAGGUGUGGCUCACUGAAAAAAAAUUUUAAUGACUGUUUCAGGUUCUAACGGGUCACUCUGAGUUUUUCAUGCAGACGCAACAUGAAAAUAGUCUCCUACACCUAUCUCCUGCAUUAGCUUCUGAUAGAAAACAGACGGUGAAACUCUAGGAUUAGAAAAGCCUGACAGAUCUACGUCACUAACAUUCAUGAACUCACCCAUCUUGACUCAAAACAGGGAAGGCUGCUGUUGGUUUAGCAUCCAUGAGACAGCAAAGAACGUCUCUGCUAGUAAAAGCUACUUCCUAACAUUAGCACCUUCACCACACAGCAGAACUCCUCCAGGCUUGUGUUAUUGGUGGAGAUAAAACGUCAACGUUGCGGAGCAAACAUUGUCAGUGGUAGAGCCGUGUUGCUGUUAGCCAAUCAGAGGAGAGAUGUCCAAAUAUCAGGAAAUAAGAUUCCAGAUCCUGCUGUCUGAAGCUCUUUGAAAUCCUCACCUUUACAACGCCAUACAGUUUUGUAACCAUUAGUUCCAAAAACAGUGAUCUUUGUCUCAUCACUCCAGAGUCUAGAGUCCCAGUAGUCUUCGUCUCCUCCAGCAUGGGCCCUGGCAAAUCCUAGGUGUGCUUUAUUGUGCGUGGGCUUUAGGAGAGGCUUCCUCCAUAGACGAUACCCGUGCAUGCCAUUCCUCUGAAGUGUGCGCCGUACGGUGUCACAGGAAACAAUCACUCAGUUUGGCUUUCUACAGCUUUAGCUAACUGCAGUGAACUUGCAUUGUGAUUUUCCCAGACUUUCCUCAUCAGAAAAUGCUCCUGUCGAGAUGUUUACUCCUGUGGACGGCCUGGAAGUCUCUGUAAGCUGGUUGCACUUCCAUCUUUGUGUAAAGAAAUAAUUUCCUUUCUCAGAUUUUGUGACAUUUAUCUUCUAUGUGGAACCAUUGCUGACGGUAUGAAAUGCAAUGGGCUUUUCUUUGUUAAGUAAUGCCCUUUUAUAAUCACCUGUCUGCUGGACACCUCUCAACUGAACCAUUAGACUCACAUGUGGUUGAAUGUAGUCCUAAGUGUGGCUUUUCUCCUCAGACUAUAAUUGGGGUGCACUCUGUUUUGUAACAUGGGCUUGAAUAGAUUUGUAAGGAAAAUCACUUUUUUGUUUGUGCAAAUCUUGUUUCAAUCAGUGACCCACAUUUGUGGGAGUAUUUUGUAGUUUGGUACCUCACAGAAAAUGUUGGCUCUGAAAAGAAACUAAAGGUUUUCUGACAGUGUAGUGGGGUGUACUCAUAUAUGCUGAGCUAUGGCUGCUUCAGUUCUUCAUGCAGUUAAAACUGGUUGUUUACUGUCUAUGAUUGGUAAGGUGAAUGCCAUCAAAAUGAUCAGCCUACCUAGAUUUCUGUACCCGUUCCAGAAUUUACCAAUAUAUUUGAAUUUGUCCUUUUUUAAGAAAGUUUACUCAAUAAUUUUGUCAUUUAUAUGAGGCAACAAACCCCACCGCAUAGCCAAAGCUCACCUACAGAUAUCCGCUAGCAACGGAGGCUUGGGCCUGCCAGUUUUGAGGCACUAUUAUUGGACAGCUGAUGCCAGGCCUCUCACUUAUUGGAAAUGUGGAUCCGCGGGGAUGAGAGAAGGUCCCUCAUGGUUGCACUUAGAAGCAGCUGCUGUGAAAAAGUCCUCACUUCCAGCUCUUUUGUUUUCAGGUUCUACAAAAAUAUACAAACUACAACACAAUUUUAUUUUAAGGAACUCUCUACGAAUCCUGUCAGAUUAAAAACGCUUUUCAGGCUCCCAUCGUCUCAAUACAGACUCCUAUUCGCCAAAACCAUGUAUUCACAGCCAGGCAGCAAGAUGCAGUAUUCAUGGCCUGGAAGGAGAGGGGCAUCAGAUCAUUUGCGGAUCUGUUUAUUGGUGGUCAAUUCAUUUUCGCAGAUUAGUUCAAAGUAUAAUCUCCCUAAUUUACAUUUUUUUUCGCUACCUUCAAGUCAGACACUGUGUUAGGGAAUGGUGCCCAAAUCUUGAACCCUCUUCCACCACACACACCCUUAUUAAGAAUUUUUUGCUUCCUCCAAACUCCAAGCGGAUUGUGUCAAAGUUUGUUAGCUGCUUUGCUGCCACAGUUUCCUCAGACUUUCAUAGAGAGGCUUGGGCAGUGGACUUGAACUGUGAGGCGUCUGACGCACUCUGGGAAGGAGCAUUAUCUCAGAUUACCCGCUGUUCCGUCAACUCUCGCCUUAGAUUGAUCCAGUUUACGGUUCUACACAGGCUGCAUUACUCUAAAAUAAAACUGAACAAAAUGUUCCCAUCUGCGUCUACCGAGUGUGACAGAUGCCAUAUAGCAGAAGGUUCGUUAGCACAUUUAUUCUGGUUCUGUCCUUCAUUGAGCAGAUUCUGGUCUGCAAUCUUUAAAUGUUGUUCAGAUGUUUAUGGUAGUGACAUUCAGCCCACCCCCACACUGGCAAUUCUUGGAUGUCCUUCGCUGGCUCCUCGGCUGCCACAGCACAUGGGGACCGCUCUACAGUUAGGGAUGGUUGUGGCUUAAAAACUCAUUCUUCUGAAAUGGAAAUCUACAACCCCACCUUCUUUUGGACAUUGGCUCACAGAGAUGCUACAUGUCAUUCAACUGGAAUUGCUACAUUCACACAAGACUGGCUCUCGCAGCAAGCUUGAGGAGGGCUGGAGACCUUUCCUAACCCACUACAAGGUUAUCUAGCUGGUGAAAUGGUUUGGAUUAAUGACUGGUGCUGAAACAUACCUAAUAUAAUGUUGCUCUAUCAUCUGUAAAUGUGCUUAAUAGUAACUGUUUUAUAUACCUUUCUGUUUACAGUGUGGUCUGGCAGCCGUAAACGUAUGUUUGUUUAUAUGGCUUGACUAAAAACCUGAAAAACAAAAUAUUAUAUAAAAAAAAAACCUGGUUGUUUAUUGGAAGAGAUCGUGAACACCUGCUGGUCUUUUUUUUCCAUGAAAUUACGGUAUAUUUUUGUGUAUUUGUUAUUGAUGUUUUAUGUUAAAAAAUUAUCUAAAUUGAAAGAUUAUUAUGAUUAUUAUUUAUGAAUUAAAGAAUUAUAAAAAUGUAACGUUUCAGUUCAUGAACAAACUCAAAACCUGAGUUUUGAAUAAAUAGAUAGAUAAUCUAUUUAAGGGUAGAGGUGAGCGCUGAUGAGAGAAUGAUGUACAGCUGGAGAAGGAACACAAUAAACAUCUUUUGUGAAGAACC